UUUGUAAAAAUAAGCCUGUCCUCGAUUUGAAUCUGUUUUUGAGCUGCAGCAACUUGGAAGUUUGAAAAAUAUAUCGCUUACAAAUUAUCUGGCAUCUAUGAAUGUGCGACAUCUGCCGGAAUUUUCCACAAGCAUCGAUCUGCCAAUUUUGAAAGUCAAAAAUUUUCUCACAUUCGUAAAUAGACAUUUCGUACAGGUACAACAGAGGCAAAUUCUAACAACAAAUUUAGUUAACUAUUUUUCAUACAGACCUAUAUUUUACAUUACGACAAAUGGCUCGCGGACACCAGAAAAUACAAUCGCAACAGAAAGCCCAAGAAAAGGCAGCGAAGUUAAAAAAACAACAGGGUCACGGAUUGAGCGAUCAGAUGAAGGCAGCACAGAAGGCUCUCGUUUUUUCAUGCGCCGUGUGCAAGUCCCAAAUGCCUGACCCAAAAACUUACAAACAGCAUUUCGAGAAUAAGCAUCCCAAAUCGGAACUUCCCGCUGAUCUUAAAGACGUAUAACGGAAAUUCAAAAACGAGCGGUGAUAUAAAAAAGGCACGCAUCCCCUUUUUUAUUUAUAUCAAACCUGUAAUAAUACAUGCAAACAGGAGAUUCUAUUUACCAGUCUCCGAGCUAAAUUUAAGCGUCCUCAAUAAAUGAGAAAAAUGUACGUUCAAGAGCUACAAACAGUGAAAAUUUAUGAUAUUAAAGGGAAAAUAAUACUGCAGCUACUACGCGCAACAACAUCCGUUCUGUAAUUAUGCCAUACAGUGAAACAGUAUGUUCGUGCUAAUGUUUUGCUCUCGGCAAUAAAAUCAGAAAACUAACUAGAAAAUAACGCAGUUUGAAGUUUUUAAUAAUGUAUAGAAAAAUCAACCAUCCUACUCAUCUGUGUUAUGUUCAAUAAAACAAUCAAAGUUAAUUUCCAGAGAAUCUACACAGAUCAAGAAAAAGCUUU